AUGGAAUGUCGACUUGUACUAAAUAAUUGUUCUAACUUCGAUAUUACUAAUAGUGCUCUCAGUGGUAUGCUUCAACAGCAGUUGAAAUAUUAUAAAUUUCGUCGGGUACCGACGAAAACUGGUAAUGCAGUAUUUUAUUUGUUUUUCCGAAAAGAAGAGGAUACAUACUAUGCUCUUCGAGCAGCUAAGUCAAUUAAAGAAAUAUCUCUUGUUCGGUAUCGCCAUUAUAAUAUAACCGCUGCUCCAAUACGUCACCCUGAUGACAUUCCACCUUCUGAAAUGCAAUAUCAUCCAGUACCUUCAAAGAAAGUUGUUGAUGCGAUUCGAUUUAAUUUCACAAAAUAUUAUGCUCGAUUUGCUAAUAAAGAUAUUUUUAAAUUAUUUGCCCGACGAGCAUCAGAGCAAGUAGUUGCUCAACGCUUGCAGACCUUUGAAGGUAUAUUUUCGUGUUGCACUAUAUAUAUAAACUCUAUUUAUCUACCUUAAUUAUAGUACACGAUCGAAUAUGCAAGGUGAAUCACUGGUGGUGGAUGAAUCAAAAAUAUCAUGGAAACAACGCUCAACACGUACAAAAACUAUUAGAUAUUUUUUUCACAUAACUUUUUUCAAAUAAUAUUUCUUAUAUGUAUGAUUGUCUGCAGUGCAUGCAUGAGACACUGAUAUUGUUUUUCAUCUUACUCAGUGGUUGUUCUUCUUUCACAUAUAACUGAUUAAUAUUGAUUAAAUACACCCAGGUCGAUUAACCUGAGCCGUAAACGGCCGUAUACCUAUCAUUCACGGUGAAAAACGGCGACCGUAUUUUGUAGUCGUUUACUGUUGCCGUAAACGAAGUUAUACGAUGAAAUACGAUCGUCGUAAACGAGGACCGUGAAAAAUCUCCGUAAACGGUCAUCGU